AUGGUAGACAAACCACAUCAUAUAUCCGAUAUGAGCCCUUCACUUGUUCAAGGUGUUGAAUUGCAUGAUGGUGAUUGGGGAAGUGUAGGAGCCAUGCAAGUGUGGAAGUAUACCCACGGUAAAAAUUUGGAUUUAAUUUCGUCAUUAUUUCCAUUGUUAGUGACUUGGACUUUCGAGUACGAGAAAUUAAUUGAGAACAUCCCAGAUCCAAAUACAUUGAUGGACAAUUGCAUAAAUUUGACCAAAGAUAUUGAGAUUUACCAUCUCAAAUAA